GGGCAUGCGCAAUUGAGGACUUCGCCGACCGGAGGCCGGGCCGACUGGGUUUACGGUGUGGUGGCGGAGUUCUUGGCCUCGCCGCCGGUGUGGCAGCACGGAGGAACUGGGAGGAGUUCCUGAGCCUGAGAACCGGCAGCGGAAGUGGAAGGGCGUAGGCCCUUCAAAUGUCCGAAGCUCAGAAACGUGGCCCAGUAGAGGGAACUGUGGCUAGUCAAGGAGGCCAUGCUUGAUGUUGCUUCCAGAUCCCAUGUCAACACGGAGUCCUCAGUUGCUGGUGGCAGCUGCUCAGCAGACCCUGGGCAUGGGAAAGAGACGGGGCCCACCCCAACCUGUCUGCCUUCACCUGGCCGGAGAAAUACUGGCUGUGGCCCGGGGACUGAAGCCAGCGCUGCUCUAUGAUUGCAAUGGUGCUGGGGCAUCAGAGCUCCAGCGCUAUCUGGAGGAGCUGCAGGGUCUGGGCUUCCUGACCGACGGACUUCACAUCCUUGAGCUUGGAGGAAACAACCUGAUUGUCAGACCUGAGCAUGUGUGUCAGCACCUGGAACAGGUGCUCCUUGGUACUAUAGCCUUUGUGGAUGUUUCCAGCUCCCAACCUCACCCUUCUAUUCGCUCCCUGGACCAGCUUCAAGGCUUGAAGUCCCUUAUAGCUGAGAUCAUCACCCAUUUGCAGGGGCUGCAGAGGGACCUCUCCCUGGCAGUCUCCCGCAGCAGGCUCCGCUGCUCAGACUGGAAUCUCUGUACUGUGUUUGGGAUCCUCCUGGGCUAUCCUGUUCCCUAUACCUUUCACCUGAACCAGGGAGAUGACAACUGCUUAGCCCUGAUCCCGCUACGGGUGUUCACUGCCCGGAUCUCAUGGCUCCUUGGUCAACCUCCAGUCUUGCUUUAUUCCUUUAGUGUUCCAGAGAGCUUGUUCCCAGCCCUGAGGGACAUUCUAAACACUUGGGAAAAGGACCUUAGAAGUCGAUGUAGGACUCAGAAUGACUUUGCUGACCUCACCAUCUCCUCUGAGACAGUCACACUGCCAGCUGUGGCCCUCUGACUGUCUCCUGUGGAGCAAGUACUCAGUAAAUGUCCAGCUCUAAGUCAGGGAUUGCAAAUAGCAAUCACCUCCAGUGCCAAUUCUCAGCAUCUUGGGAACACUAGGGAAGAAUGCUGUCAUCAGUUGGCCACAUCUAUGAUGGGCAUGGGAACAGGUGGUGGCGGUGGCAGCACUGGUAGUACAUUUUUGCCAUUUCUGUAGUAAGGAGUCCUGGCUUAGCUGAGAUGGCUAUUCCUUUUUCACUGGCUAGAAGAUGGAAGGAAAGAGACUGGAGAAGAAGAAGGGAGGUGGAGGACAAGCAGUGUACCCUUGUAUACUAUGUAUGGUACGGUACGAUAAGGUCAUAAAUAUGCCUACCCUGUGGGUGGGUAGUGUUCACUGGAAAGUAGCAGGACUGGGCUUCACUGCGUGUUUAUAUACCUCCAACUGAAGUGGGCUAAGAACAGUAGACCAGGAUGCUCAAGUGUCUUAUAUUUGUGAUGUGAUAGGUCAUCCAGGAAUAAACAAUUCUAGGGACAGAGACUGUCAGGCAAAGUUGAUUGAUUUUAUUUACAGUAGGUUAAAAAAAUAAAGUCAGAAAUUGCAGUUGCAUUGGGAAAACCCACCCUUGAAGGUGACCAGACCUUCUCAGUUUUUUAUUGAGUUUCUUCUGAUUUUCACCCGAAGAAGCUGUCACAAGUUUUUCAGAUCAUCAGGCUGUCCUUGUUGGCCAGGAGCACCGCCAGUGCUAUAACAGCUAUCGCCAUCAGCACUGAUAGCCACCGACCACACCGCCUCUGAGGAGGGAGGAGGGGAAAAGAGAAAAGAGAAAGAAGCCACAGGUUGGUUGGAGAAGAAAUAGGCAAAAAUAACCUUCCUUCUUCCCGUACUGGCUCAGUAGGAAAUCUUGGUUGGUGGAGGAGGGAAAGGUUUUUACAUCACUCUGUCACUUUGUCACCUCCCUUGGAAUAGAACCACUUUACUGGUGGUCACUGGCCCAUAAGCCAAGAUUAUUGACUGAGGGAACUAUGGCCAGCAGGGCCUAGAUACUUAAACACUGAUACGACCAUUCAAAGGUAGAAAAUAGCAAAAUUAAAUUAUUCUCUGUUCAUAUUCUUUGGUACUUUUUCUCUCUCAUUCUGUCCUUGCCACUACUACAUUGAAAAGGCUAAAAAACACCAUUUCAUACUUUAGCUAACAGUAAGUCUUUCCCUUUAGGCUUAAGAGUUCUAUGAAAAUUAAGUUUAGAUGCAUAAGCCAAUGUUUCUUUCCAUGGUUGCUCUACUCUCAGUACAAACAAAGCUGAACGGGACAGGCCGGUCAGAUGUUGGCAUGGGCUGGUACAUUUUAUCUGCAAGAUAUGGCUAAAGGAGUAGUCCCACCAUCGUCUAUUGCUGUAUGGGAGGAUGGACGCUCUUACUCUGGGAGGCAGCUUCUGGCUCUGGUUCAGCUCAUCUCGACAGUGCUGGAGCUUACGCAGGCAGGAGAGGUACUCGUCACUGAGGUUGUCUAACUCUGAAUGCAGUUCUCUGCACUGAGGGGGAGAAUACCACCAAAGUCACCACCAGGUAGGGGAGAGGGCCCCAUGUAAGUUACUCCUUCAUUCAUUUGGAAUUCGUACCACCUUCCUCCCUUCCCAGCCUUUCUCAGAGAUUUCGUUUUGCCUUUUGACUGUCUUACCUAGUUCAGAAUGUGUUCGUUUACAUGAUUGAUUAUAAUGUGUAUUAUAUAAGUAAGUGCUUUCAUGCAUUCAUGUGACAGUGUGCACGUGCUUUGUAAAUGGGGACACCAAAAAUGAAGUUCUUACAGUACAGAAGACCUAAAAGUGAUCAUAGUCCAAGUCUCUCUGCCAGUAGCCAAGGGUACGUGUCUGUGAGUUUGUAGAUGGGAAGAGUAAAGAGUUUUGUUACUUAAAAGACUAUAAAGUCUUAACAUAGUGUAA